GUAUAUAUAUAUAGACUCAUAUAUAUAUGCUUAUCUCAAUACGAGUUCCUGCACACAUAAACUGAGUUUAAGUUAUCCUUUCACAGCAAAAAAUAUGAGUGACUCAAAGUAUACAACCACUGCAAACAAUGGUCAGUAUGCAUAUGCAGAUCAAAAGAAACGCGAGACUGAGCUGGAAUUCUCCCCGGAAGAAGAAGAUAUCAUUGCAAAAAUGUUUAGAUUGGUUGGAAAAAGAUGGCAUCUCAUUGCUGGAAGAAUUCCUGGAAGAACAGCUGAAGAUAUUGAAAAGUAUUGGAAUUCAAAGUUCUCUUCAUCAACUGCAUGUUAAAUGCUAUAGCUGAUUCUCACAUUCUUCUGCCUAAGUACCAUUCUAAGUUCCUUUUACUUUUCACAAUUAAUAUGCAUGCUUUGAGAUUGAGUAACUUAUUAUGCAGUUAUUGUUAUAAAGAUCCCUACACUGUAUCCAAUAUGCAUGAUGUAAUAAAGAUCUGUUGGGUGAUUUUAUUUUA